AUGUCUCAAGUAACAAAUAUCCACUUUCCAACAUCUACUUCCCUCCUUCCCACAGGUUUCAAGUCAUGUCAACCUGGCGAUCAGGCAUGCACAGCAGCCAUGGUGGUCCUGUGCACGGGGCUCGGCAUGUCUCUCUUCUUCGCGCUCAUGUCUGCAACCACAACAGGGGCGCGCGUGGACGGCGGGGCCCGUGACACGUGGCACUCUGGCUGGUGGCUGCCCAAGCUGCUGCUCUGGGUGGCAUUGCUUGGCAUGACGGUCUUUCUUCCCUUAAGGGUGUUGAGAAUAUACGGCUACGUGGCUGUGGUGGGGGCGGUGAUCUUUGUCGUUAUCCAGCUUGUCAGCAUGCUGAACUUCGUCUUUGUGUGGAAUGACACGUGGCAGGCAGACAAGAAAUGGCACGUGUUGGCAGCGGUGGUAACUGGAACAUGUUACCUGGUAGUGGCAGCAGCAGCGGCCCUCAUGUAUCUCUCCUUCGUGCCCUCCUUCUCCUGCUCGCUCAACCUCUCCUUUACCUCUCCUCCCACCACCCAGGCACGUGUGCAGUGGCACGUGCUGGCGGCAGUGGUAACCGGAGUGUGUUACGUGGAAUCCACGGGGCUUCUGAGUACUGGAGUCAUGGCGGUCUAUUUUGUCUUCCUCUGCUGGUCAGCAAUCAUGAGCGAGCCGCCCGGGGAGACAUGCAACACACGCCCGAGGCAGACAGGACAAACAACAUGGACAGAUGUCAUGGCGUUCAUUUUUGCUCUCCUCACGAUCUUAGUUUCCGUUUACACUGUGGGGAUUGACCGGCGGUGCAUCUCACUCCAUCCAAACUCCGGGGAGGAUGUGGAGGGUGCGGGGAACGGCAAAGUGUCCUCAAUGGAGCUUGGAUACAGGCUGGGCUAG